AUGAGUUAUGUCACGGAAGCUACCACCUGGUUGCCGGGCGUGAGCCAAGAUGUCAAGACUCUUAUCGAAAGGUUCUUCGAGCUUGCGGACACUAAGCAGCCAGACGUAGGCCAUGUCAUGGCCACUGAACUCUUCACUAGAGAUGCGGUAAUAACCAAUCCAAACGGGACGCACAGAGGAUCCGCAGAAAUAUCGAAGAGUAGAGAGCAUGCUUGGAUCGUUGCGACAUCAAGAAAGCAUACCGUCACCAAAGUAUUCUCCAACAAUGGAGAGCCUCGAGAGCUCGUGCUCCUCGGAUCUGUGCGGACAGGGCUCAUGAAUGGGACAAGCAUCGCCUCUCCGUUUGCUAAUCAUAUCAAAACUCAGCGUCCUGAUUACGCUUCUGGACAGCCUCGCAUAAGUUACAUGGAAGUCUACGCUGACACGGCUUCCAUCGCAAGAGCAUUGGCCAACUGA